AAUAACACAGAACUACAAAACCUAACGUGUCUCAGAAUUCUGUCUCAUGAUAUUCUCUGAUGAUCCAGGACUGCAGCCCAUCCUCUUUGGACUGUUCCUGUCCAUCUACCUAGUCACAGUGAUUGGGAAUCUGCUCAUCAUCUUGGCUGUGAGCUCUGACUCCCACCUCCACACUCCGAUGUACUUAUUUCUCUGCAAUCUGUCCUUGGUUGACAUUUGUUUUAUCUCUACCACAGUCCCAAAUAUUGUGAACAUCCAAACUCAUAGCAAAGAGAUCAUCUAUGUGAGUUGCCUUAUGCAGAGGUCAUUUUUUGUCGUUUUUGGAUGUAUGGAUGGUAUGCUUCUGACUGUGAUGGCCUAUGAUAGGUUUGUGGCCAUCUUUCAUCCUCUGCAUUACUCACUCAUCAUGAGUCCUUGCCUCUGUGUCUCCUUAGUUUCCCUGUCUCUUUUGGUGAGUCUUGUAGAUUCUCAGGCACACAACCUCAUGGCAUUGCAAAUCAUCUACUUCAAAGAUGUAGCAAUUUCCAAUUUCUUCUGUGAGCCUGCACAACUCCUUAAUCUUGCCUGCUUCAACCCAUUCAUUAACAACAGAGUCAUUUAUUUUGUUGUUGCUACAUUUGGUUUAUUCUCUCUCUCUGGAAUUUUCUUCUCUUACUACAAAAUUGUUUUCUCCAUUCUGAGAAUUCCAUCUUCAGGUGGGAGACAUAAAGCAUUCUCCACUUGUGGCUCUCACCUGUCAGUUGUUUGCUUAUUUUAUGGAACAGAUGUUGGUGUAUACCUUGGUUCAGCUGUAUCACAUUGUCCCAGAAAUACUGCAGUGGAUUCACUGAUGUACACCGUGGUCACUCCUAUGUUAAAUCCCUUAAUCUACAGCCUUGGGAACAAGGACAUUGAAAGAUCAGUGAGGAGACUAUACAGCAGAGCACUGUAA